CAACGGCUUCCGAGCUCCGCACCUCGACGCCUUUAUCCUGCGCUUUUCUGAAUAACCCCUCUUCGGCUCUUGCGGCGGAUUCCAUUGUCUCCUCCACGGCGUCUUGUCGAUAUUAAUUUGGGAUGAGGCACGGGAUCAGCCUCUCUACCCUCCACCUCGAUGGUGACGGCCGAACUCACCCCUUGAUUUACACCUUCUAAUCCUCGGUUCGAAAACCUCGCCACGACCACCCGAAUCCCGGUUCAAAGGAUGACUCAUUCUGGGCAUGGCAGAUGCUUACAGCCGCACCCUGAGGCCCAAAGCAGCUACCAAAUGUGAGGUUGACAAGGCAGAGGGCAAAGUUCGACACGCUUACGACCGACUUCAGCAGGCCAGAAUGAACCUUCUCCACAAUCUGGAGGUCAGAAAGAGAAUAACUACCGCUAUCUGCGGGUGAAGCCCCCCAGAAAUACACCGCGCAGUUCGGUUGCCUCCACCACGCCUCCGAACACCAUUUCGUUGGGGCACGAAGCCCAGAGCAUGCUCCAGAAUCACCUAUGGCUAUUAUGAGGAUCAAUCCGCAGUCGAUCUUGGCUGGAAAUAAUGAAGAAAGAGGCGUAUCAGAGAGGUGUUCGGACCUGGAUUCUAAUACCACCAGAGACAGAAUCUCUUUGCCUUUCGAGAUUCGGCCCAACAAUCGGAAGGAGAUGGACACACAAGGGGCCGCGACCACGGACGGGAGGUCUUCUCCCCUCCGGCUCCGACAGAGAUGAUGAUGCCGAAGCCGAAUGGAUUUGCGUCCCGGCUGCCACCAGUAUUCUGGGAAUGGAGAAAGCGGAAAAGACGGUGAGAGUAGUUUCCCACACACCCGGAAUCCAAGAAAGCGACCUUGGUCGCUCCGUUGUCCGGGGGAGUUGACUUUCACCUAUGCGGUCGUGAUUUCGCGACACGGUUGCCAAACACCUCAGCGGGUAAAGCUGGGUACUCAGUACAAAAUUUUAGUUAUCUACAGUCCUACUGAUUAUUAUUGAAGUUCUCGGACCGCAUUAAUCACUUUUGGACCUCGCCGUCGCCGAAUCGAUAGACAGUCCCUAGUGUUCGCCUAUCUGCGGCGCGUUUUGCGACUCUCCCGCAGGUAAGUACUAGAAGCUAGACACAAGGCGGGUUGGUAGGCCGGUGAACCGCAGCACGCCAUUAUUCCAUUCGUUCGUCGGAGUGGGAGUGGUCGCGGUAUAGUUGAAGUCGACCUCGUCGAUGUCCCGUCGAUGUCCCACUCCUCAUCCGCUUGGGACGAUCCUGUCGAGUCUCAGUUUCCCGGGUUAGACCUCCAGAGCCAACAGUAAGGAUUAAGACACAAGGAUUAGAGCCCUUUCGUUCGGGCACGGUAGGUAAAAUACUACGCGGGAUGUUCUCUUGAAAGGCACUAGGCCUGGUCCAGAUCGGCCAUGGAGUGACAACUACUCAGCGCCCAACGUACCCCCAUAUUGUCAGCGUCGCGGACCCGGGCGGACACAAGAUGCAACACCUAACUCGAUCCAACCGUCUGGACCUGUCCUCUCACCUUCUAUCACGUUCGGCCACAAACGCCAUUACAUCCCAUACGCUCUCUCUCACCACGCCCGUCUCAACUGAUCGUGAAACCCAAUCGGCCAUUCGUCUAUGGCGACUUCGGUGGGGACACCACUGACACCCGCCACUUUGUUAUAUAAUGUGUCCCGCCUCCUGCAUGUUUUUCUCGCGCCAUCGAAGGGAAACCCAACACAUUCCCGAUCAAUCACCUUGCCGAGCAUACCCUCACUUUACGACUGGAUUUAGAAACGGGUCAUCCUUGGAGAGAAGCGCUUCGAUGGUCGGACGUCUAGACUGUUCUCGCACCAGGCAGCGCUUCAGGGUAUUAAUCACUGCAGACAGCACAACUUCCCCGCCUAUUCCGGUGUCCGGGAUUUGGGAUCUCGACGUUGGGGUUAGGAAUGGACUUGAUGCGCUCUCAAUCGUCCUAGAUAUGGGAGCUGGAGCUACAGCCACGACAUUGGCCGGUAUCAGCUCCGUAGGGUAUUCGACCCCUCGAAAAUAUCAAACAUUCAUGGUACAGUCAUAUUCUGCUCAAAUUGAAUAUGACAUGAAUGCUCUUGGUUGUUGGGGUGCGGGUGCAACCCUUCAAAUCUAGUCAUGAUCACAGCUACUCCACCACAUGAGUUCAGAUCCGCCGCAGCUUGAAUGCUCCGAUGUCGUCCGGUUGAUUACUGCUUUGAUGCGCUAUCUGUGACACUGUAUGCAGACACAGC